GUCCUUUCAUUUUUGGUGUUUAAUGUGACGAACUGCCGCCUGUUCAUCCACCGUCGAUAAUACUGCAGCUCUUUUCCUCAGCUCCAUUUCGAAAUUUGUAGCUUGGGCCCAUUAACUACAAUGAAAAUGGAGUAACUGGGUGUUACAAAUGGCUCUAGAUUUCUUAGGUGGAUGUUUAGGUGGCUUUGCAGGAAUAUUGAUAGGGCAUCCAUUUGAUACUGUUAAGGUUCGUUUGCAAAGUCAAGAUGCUGCAAAUAGCAGGUACAAGGGAACAAUCGACUGUUUCAUCAAAAUCGUGAAGCAGGAAUCCGUUCGUGGAAUGUACAAGGGAAUGGCUUCUCCAAUGAUUGGCCAGGUUGUAAUCAAUGCAAUCGUGUUUGGCGUUCAUGGUAACACUCUUCGAAGAUUGAAUGAUAAGAGAGCUGUUGGAAAUUUUAUUGCUGGUGGGCUAGCAGGAGGUGUUCAAACAUUUGUUUGCUCGCCAAUUGAGCUGAUCAAAACCAGAAUGCAACUACAGGGCCAAGGAGAAUCUCGCAAAUUUAAAUUUGUCAAGAAAAACGACUUAUUCCGCUACAGCGACCCUGUUGACUGCAUGACAAAGAUUUUAAAAUACGAAGGAAUGAGAGGUUUCUUUAGAGGAUUCUACUGUACAUUGUUACGCGAGGUUCCAUCGUUUGCUGUUUACUUCUCAUCAUAUUAUGCACUCUGUGAAAAACUUGGAGCAAACAAAGGAACACUUAGCAUUCCAAAAUUAUUCUUAUCAGGAGGGAUAAGUGGAAUUCUUGCCUGGAUUGUAUCUUACCCAUUUGAUGUUAUCAAGACAAGGCUGCAGGCUGAUGGAAUGGGGAAAAUGAUUUAUACUGGGAUUUUGGAUUGCAGCUUGAAGAGUUAUGAGAGAGAAGGGCUUAAAGUUUUCUUUAAAGGAUUAAAUGCCACCCUACUAAGAGCAUUCCCAACAAAUGCAGCCACUCUGGCAACUGUGACUGUAUUUUUAGAGAUAGUUGAGCCAGAACACUUUGAAGAAUUCUUUAGACCAUCAGAUCAUUAUAACUAUGAGCAUGUACAUUCUGGCUGGUCCAUUUAGUAGGUUAGAUAUUUCAGAAUAACUAUCAUAAAGAUUUGACCAAUGAAUUGCUGAGUUGAAUGUAAUUACACUUCUUAUGAUACCAAUCUCCUAUUCCCUGCAUUAUAACUAAAAAAUAAUGAAUGAUGAUAAUG